GCGCGGCCGGGGACGGAGCGGGACGGAGCGGGACGGAACGGGACGGAGCGGGACGGAGCGGGACGGAGCGGGGCGGGCAGCGGCGGAGAGAGGUUAUCAGGAGCGUUUAACCAGGCUCACCUCCCGACUUGCCGUUUGCACUGGAGAGGCGUAUUGCCAUGAAAAGUAAGGAAUUGUAUUAGCAAAUAUUGAUCGGCGCUGGGGCAGGCAGGCGUUGCACAAGUACAGGCAUCUGCUGAGAUUGUGGCAUGGUAUUUGGAGCUUUCAGCGAGACACUUGUGCUGCCGUGAGGCUGGGAAGGCUGUCACUACUGCAGGAGGUAAAAUAAGAACAUGGCAUGAUGUCCUUUGGAAAAGGAGCGAUGGCGGCCAUCAGGAAGAAGCUGGUGAUCGUGGGGGACGGUGCCUGCGGGAAGACGUGUCUGCUGAUCGUGUUCAGCAAAGACCAGUUCCCCGAGGUCUACGUGCCCACCGUCUUCGAGAACUACAUUGCCGACAUAGAGGUGGAUGGGAAGCAGGUUGAGCUGGCCCUGUGGGACACAGCAGGACAGGAGGACUAUGACAGGCUGCGGCCCCUCUCGUACCCGGACACAGACGUCAUCCUCAUGUGCUUUUCCAUUGACAGCCCGGACAGCCUCGAGAACAUCCCUGAGAAGUGGACGCCGGAGGUGAAGCACUUCUGCCCCAAUGUGCCCAUCAUCCUGGUGGGGAACAAGAAGGACCUGCGGAAUGACGAGCACACGCGGCGGGAGCUGGCCAAGAUGAAGCAGGAGCCGGUGAAGCCAGAGGAGGGCAGGGACAUGGCCAACAGGAUCAAUGCCUUCGGCUACCUCGAGUGCUCGGCCAAGACGAAGGAGGGCGUGCGGGAGGUGUUCGAGAUGGCCACCCGUGCCGGCCUGCAGGUGCGGAAGAACAAGAAGCGCAGAGGCUGCCCGCUGCUGUGAGCGGCCCCGGCGGGCACCGGCACCCGGGGAGGGAGCGUGGCGGACAGCAGGACCUCGUGGUGCCACUACCUGCCCUGAACCCUUUGCACCAGAGCUGCCGCCCACGCUCUCGGGGCGUCCCUGUGACGUUCCGGGGCCACCGGGGGCCAGUGCCUUCAGUACCUGGCGCUCUCCAGGGCCGGGUGUUUCGUGUCGCUCCCCGUGCCGCCCCGUUUUGUACGGAGCUCCCUGGUUUUGCCUUUCCCACGGGCAUUGCCGCGGUGUUCGCUCUCCUUCCCAGCUCCGGGCGGGUGCCGCAGGAGCAGGAGGUGCCGGUCACAGCUCACGUGCGGGCUGUGCCGGGCCCUUGGUGUGCUUCGCCUGCUCUCCCCGGCCGUGCAGGCAGCACACACCGGUGUUACAGACUUGCCUGGGCAGCUUUAGCCCUGCCUGGGAGCAGAGCUGGGCUCAGCUGCUGCCAGGAGCUCUCCUCCCGGGACGUGUGCCCAGCCCUGCCCGUACUGCCGCCUCCGAGUCUGCCUCUGUCACGGACUUGGCAGCAGUGAACCCAGCUGCGUAACUGGGAGAAUAAACGCGAACCGGUAUUUUAGUAAUUGUAA